CCGAAGCUUGGGCCGAAACUGGGCCAGCUUAUGAAGCUACGGUUUGAUCGUUUCUCAGUAGACGACGCCGUUUAACAAAACGACGACUCAGCAUUUGAAUUGAACACUAGCGCAAACAUAAACCCCAGUUCAGAGUAAGAGAGAAAAGAGAAAGCGUUCCAAAAAUGUUGAAACUUUAUCGCAUGCUUCCUUCAUCUUCAUCUUCAUCUUCCAGGAAUCAGUUAUUGCAAAUUCUUUCGUAUAGGAAACUUGAAGUUAGGGAUUUCUCCACUUCCACAAAUAACUAUUCUGCUGCUAAAGGAUAUGCUUCAGAUCGUAUAUUUGCUCCUUAUUCUGUUUACAAGGGAAAAGCUGCAUUCUCACUCAGUCCUUGUCUUCCAACUUUCACUAAAUUGGAUUCUGGGGCUCUUGUGGUUGAUCGUCGCGGUUCAAUAAUGAUGAGUUUCAUGCCUGCUAUUGGGGAGCGCAAAUAUGACUCCGACAAGAAACAAAGAUUUGCCCUAUCAGCUACUGAAGUUGGUUCUUUGAUAGCCAUGGGUCCCCAAGAUUCAUGUGAAUUCUUUCAUGACCCCUCAAUGAAGUCAAGUAAUGCUGGUCAAGUAAGGAAGAGCUUAUCAAUUAAGCCUCAUAGCAAUGGCUACUUUGUCUCUCUGAAUGUUGUUAACACCCUGUUGAAUACGAAAGACAAUUUCAGUGUUCCUGUUACAACUGCUGAGUUUGCUGUGAUGAAGACAGCUUGCAGUUUUGCAUUGCCACACAUUAUGGGUUGGGAUCGUCUAACUAGUCCGACUAAUCAGCAGUCAAGUGGGAAAGUCAGCUUUCAACCGAAGACGAACUCACACAUUUUAGACUUGGAAUGGGAAAAGUGAAUUAUUGUUCGGAAAUAUGAAACGAAUCCUUUUUUGUGCUGCAAUUCCAUUUUGUGUAUUAUCAAUCCAAAAACUAUGUUGGCGUGGAAAAAAUAACUUGUAAAUUGUAGUAAUAUGUAAGAAAGAGGCAUGAGAACGAUGAAUUAUGAAAUGUCUGACGCCGCUUCGCAGCUAGUCAAGUUACUGUUAUUGUGUUGA